AAAAUUUUUACCUGGCAUCUCUGAAUUUAAUCGUCUUUCUUCAUUCACUGUGAAGGCAUAAGGAAGCGAAACCGUUUUGUCUCGUUUUUUUAUUGAUCUUAAGUGAACAGUUUCAAAGAACUUAAAAUGCCGGCUAAAGCUGUUUGCGUACUGAGUGGCGAUGUCAAGGGCACCAUUUAUUUUGAACAGAAUGGAGAUUCAGACCCGGUUAAAGUCACCGGUGAAGUAAGCGGUCUGAAACCGGGUAACCAUGGUUUUCACAUUCAUGAGUUUGGCGACAAUACUAAUGGCUGUACUUCGGCUGGACCGCAUUUUAACCCGCACAAGAAGGAACAUGGCGGUCCGGAUGCCUCUGAAAGACAUGCUGGAGAUUUGGGUAAUGUUGUUGCAGAUGCCAGUGGCGUUGCAAAAGUGGACAUCAGUGACAAGCAGAUUUCUUUGGCUGGCUCUUUGAGCAUUCUCGGACGUACUGUCGUUGUACAUGCCGAUCCGGAUGAUCUUGGAUUGGGAGGACAUGAGUUAAGCAAAUCUACCGGAAACGCUGGAGCUCGUUUGGCUUGCGGAGUGAUUGGGAUUUGCAAGGCUUAAUUCCAACUUUUAGUAAUAACAGAGUUUAAAACACUUGAAUAUGAUUCGAGUUAUAGCAUCACUUUGCUAAUUCUGGGUAGUGGCAACUGUCCCCUAAUUUAAGAUUACUAUCAUUGGUGUCCUUAACUGAUAUGUCAGAAUGCUUUACACUUCCGUCAUUUCCAAUAAAUAUGGGAGCUCAUAAACCGGUACUAAAUUUA